AUGUCCGUUCAGUCGAGGGAUUUGGAACAAUUCAUUGAGCAUGGUGGGUGCUAUCGACGUCAUGGUUCCCGCCGACCUGGGCGGUAGCGACUCCUUGCGGCACUCUUUCAGCACCGGGACCCACGCCGGCUCGCGAUCGCAUUGGCGCGAACACUUUCAUCGAGUCAUCAUCCGCAUCGCCAUCGCCCGCAGACUUCGUUUUCGAAUGGUCCUCUCAGAGAGCUUCUGCCGGCUAUGUGUGCCGGUACUGUGGUGGCGAGCGCAUGUGGUAUCGUCGCGCCGUUCGACACGCCACGAGACACGCCACGACCAAGAAGCACCUCGACGCGUACAACAGUCGAGCCGAUCCCGUUGUCAAUUCGUUCAACUGGUUACUGCAACCCACGGCCCAGGCGCUCUCGAGCGGCGACGAGGCGGAUUUGGUCGAUUUCAAUGAAAAUCCGGCAGAGACCGGCACAAUAAGCCACUCUCUGGUGGCUUGGUCUGUUUUGGCCGGGUCGCAAACGCGGCUGCGAGCGAGCGAGUGCGAGCGUGGCUUCGGCUGA